UUGAUUUAAUAACACACUAUUUUUCUAUGCAUUUCCGUGUUCAGUUAAUCGUUACCAUUAUUUCUCAGAAUGUUCGUUGACCAUAGUCCGGAUAAAUAACAAAUCUAAAAGUGGUUGAAUUAAAACAAAAAAGUCAAGCAAAAUGGAAUCGGAUCCUCUUUCUACCAAAUACUACGAUCGGUUCUUAGAACAAUUGAGGCGCUAUCUGUCCCGUCCGGCUUCCCGCCUGCUCUCAGCACGAUCCCGCAAACACUCCGUACCGGAAACACCUCCAGAGCGCCGCCCGCUAACCACCUCUACCGCAGCCCCGCAGUCACCAGUCCCUCAGAUCCACGUGAGCGACUAUUCAGAAGAACCAGAAAUGGAGCGGAGGCGGGUUGCGGAGAUUGAAGGCAUCGACAGCUCUAAGAUGCGUCAGUUUCCGUUCUCCUCGUUCAAGCUCCUAGGCGGCCUGCAGAUCGGGGUGGGGAUUGUUUGUCUCUUGCUUGGGCUCGUGGACCUGUUCGUUUUCCUGUACGUGUCAGAAUAUGACAGCGAGACGUUGACGGCACUCACUAUCGCCUGCACCCCCGUCUGGUGCGGCCUCUGGUUUAUUGUGUGUGGGUCCAUGGGCGGUUGUAUGUCUCUGGAGAGCAAAACAACACUGACAUACUUUAAAAUGACGUUCAUGAUCCUAAGCGUCAUGUGUGCGCUGUUGUUCGCUCCGGCCCUUUUCGGUAUCGAGGUCUAUAUCGUCGUUCUGCGGAAGGAAGGUGACUGGACAACCUCUGCCGAGUGGCUCAUCCCCAUGGUGAUCGCGUUCUUCGCCUUUAACGAGAUCAUCUGCGCCGUCAUCACCGCCGCUAUCUGCUGCUGUUGCUCGCCUCUGAACCAGGCCAAGGUGCGCGUCCUGUACACACGCGAACUGGACGAGUUGCACGAGCACCCGGAGAAACGGCGACUGGAAACGCCGGAAAUCUUCUACACAGACAACAGUCGUCUGGAGCGCUCCCGCCAUUCGCCCCGUGUUUACUCCUCAAGAAAAGAGCAGCCGGCUAUCGCCUACGGCAACUGGGACGAUCAGCAUGGAAACAGCCACAUGCGGACGCCGCGCCAGGUAGAGCUCGUCCAUCAGUCGCACCAACCCCAUCCGGCGGCGCAACACCAAAGGCAAGAGGUGCCCCGGGCAUCCAUGCACGAGACAGACUCCCCGGUAGCCCACUACUCCCGGCCACCCACGUAUGAGGGACAUCCGAACAAUGACAUCAACUCUUACCGACGUCUGCGUCAGCUGACUUUGCCCGGUGUCGGAACUGCCUGAUGACCACAUUCAUUACGUCUUAAACCGGUUGACAAAAUGACGUCACAUUCCGGUCGCACGUGAACUAACUUAUAAGCAAACUUGUGAUAGUGCUGCUCUUUCUAGUGUGAAUGUGUUUAAUGUAUUGUUUUGUAUAAAUUUACUGAGUAAUUCACUUUUUGUUACGAUUGGAUGAAUUCACUUUCACACAUGUUAAAAAUCGCGCUAAUUUUAUACCCUGAACAUUCAACAAACUAAUCAGAAAGGCUAACAUCUCACUCGAUAUCUCGGGGUUUUCUUAAUGUUUCCAUUAGUUGGCAUAUGUUUAUGCGUUUAAUAAUAAUGGACAAUUGCUAUGUUUACAAAAAUAUUACAAUUAAACGAGCCGAUGAUCCAAAAUAUAUCAUACAGACAUCACUUGGCCAUCCAGUGCCAUUGUUGACACAAAGAAACCGCCUGGUUUGUGAGACCGUGUGUUAGCCAUGGAACACAAGUAUUCUCCAAACGAAC